CACCCUCCCCCGCUAGUGCUGGUGCUGCUGGUGCUGGCCGUGGGCGGACCCUCACCCUCCCCAGCCCAUGCUCUGCCAGAUUCUCCCGCCCAUCCAGAUAACCCGCGCCCCUACGCCUUCGCCUACGCCGUUGACGCCCCGGAACACAAGAACUUCCAAGACCGGGAGGAGGCGCGUCUUGGGCAGGAGACGCGCGGCCGCUUCCGUGUGGCGCUCCCGGACAACAGGCUGCAGACUGUGACGUACCGGGCGGGCACCAACGGCUAUACCGCCAGCAUCUCCUAUGACCAACACCCGAACUUUGAGUCUCUGAGGCAGUCCGUGGGGCCAAUCCGCGCCGGUCCGGAGAUCGGCCAGUCAGUGCUGGACGGCAUCAGGCGCGGCGAAAACUGGAAUGAUCACAAGGGCGUCAAGGAGGACGAUCGGCCGCAGCUCUCCUCCUCUCUCUCCUCCCACGGGUCAACCUCCAAUCUCGUCAACCCAACGCCCACACGGACGCGUCUCACCCCGACACGUACCAACCCCACGCCCUCACGGACACGGACACGAGUGACGCCUACACGUACUCGCGUCACGCCCACACGUACGCAGACCACCGCCGUGCAUUCCACCAGAGGAUCCACAAGCCGACGCCGCCAACGUCCCCGGGUAAGGCGUCCCAGUACUGUGCAACCCACGCCCAGGGUCACUGCAGCCUCGUCACCUCCGGCAGUCACAGGAGCACGCCGUACCUCCCCACGCCCAUCUGCCCGUCCGUCCGCCCGCCCGUCCUCCCGCCCGUCGCCAUCCCCGUCCCCGACCCCCACCGAGGAGCCCGAGUCCUCUGAGGUGAAUUCCGAGGACUCCGUCAUCCUGAACCGCCUGAUUAACGUGAUCCAGGAGAAGCUGGCGGCGGACAAGGGCGAGGAGGACACCUCGGGGCCGCCUCACGCCAAGAAGUACGCCAUCAAGGACAGGGAGAGUGUGCGGAAGAGGCUGGAGGCAAUUGUGCAUAAGUAUUAGAGUGUGUGUGAAGCAUCGCCGCUUUCCCUUCCCUUUCCCUGCUCUCCCCGCCCUCCACGCCCGUCACGCCCACACUUGAUCCUCACCGACUCACCCUUCCUUCACUUCGUUGUUUGCUGGUUUUACAGUAUCCAAUAACUACAGAUUGUUUUGCAAUAUUUAAUGACCUCAUCUUUCCAUUGAAGUUUUAUGGUUCUAAUUUAUUCUUAUCAUCAGUUACAAAUACUACAAUAUUUAUUGCCUAAACACUCACAGCAAUAAACGUUCAAAUAUACUACAACUCUUCACGCUUAUAGUGACAAACGUACACUUAAUAACACUUCGCCUCUGUUUGUUAUGUCUUUAUUUAUAUCAUGGCUGGACCGACGGUUGGGUUAUGUCUGGUGUGGGCUACUGUCUAAACACACUCAAGGCGCUAUAUGGCUCCGGUGUGGCGCCUUAAACCAGUCAGUCAACCAUUCCUCUCUAUCACGUGAGAAAACAAAACUGGCGAGGAUCUGGAGUGUGACAGGUGAACAGGUGACAUGGUCCCUUCGCCUGUUGCUCCUGGCUUGGGACUGACGGGCUGGCUUUCCUCAUCACCACGCGGCCAAGACACACAAACCCUGAUGCUGUAGUGGCGGGCAGGCGUGACAGGAACUGGACGGGGUAAUUUAGUCCAUCUUGUGCACGCCUAACUAAUGAGAUAAUAAUGUAUAAAGUAAACGUUCAACCUUCCCUGAUCUAUAAACAGGACACUUCACCACUCUUCACCAGCCUUUGGUACCCCAGCAAUUCCUUCCUCUUUCCCGUAUGCGCUGUGUGGCCACCUGAGUGUUACCGCGUAGGAAUAUAUCAGUGACUCGACUCUUCUCUGUAUAAAGUUUGCCUUGACUUGACUUCGUGUGUGUGUGUGUGUGUGUGUGUGUGUGUGUGUGUGUGUGUGUGUGUGUGUGUGUGUGUGUGAUGGUGUAGCCUUUGAUGUAUAGUAUGAAGUGUCAGUGGAAGUACACCUGCCAAAACCGUGUGGUCAUAUGUGUAAAUAGACAGUUGUGUGGAUUUGCAGGUGUGUAGCCGGGGAGGGUGUCUGAGUUGGCAGAUAUGGUAGGCAGGUGUGUCGGUGGCCAGCUACACAUAUAGGUAGGUGUGUAGCAAGAACAGAUGUGCGAGUAGGCAGAUGAAUAGAUGGACAAAUGUGUGAUGGACGAAACAGGUGUGUGUGUGUGUGUGUGUGUGUGUGUGUGUGUGUGUAUGCGUGCACAUGUGCGUGGCUCAGACAGGUGAACGGACUUUCGUGACUCAUUUGAAGCACGACCCUGGAUUGGACAUGCACGAGGCGGCCGGAUCAUAAACUGGAUUUGAAACCGGAAAUGUAUCAAGGGCUGGAGGCGGCUAGGGAGGGCUGGAGGCAGAGUGAGGGUCAAGGUUACGGUUAGUCCUUCUCUGAUCCCCACACAGGCCACACGCAUCUUCCUUCAACUCCUGCCCUAGUGGAGUGUAAGUGUGUGAGUGUGCGUGUGCGUGUGUGAGAUCCUUCUAGGUGGUAUUUGUGUCUGUAUCCUUAUCUUAUCUUUGUAUUUGACACUCGGCAUGUUAUGAUCUUGUUGCUUCUUAUUUAAUGUGUCCGUUCGUUAGUUUGUCCGUCAGUCACUCCGUUAAGAUCUCGCAGAAUUGUCAGCCACGUUUCACUUCGUCUUUACGGUUGAACUAAAGAGACAAACGUAUAGUAAUGUGUUCCGUGUGUCAUGAAUCAAUAUUAACUGAGCCAAACUAAAUUAUUCUUAUUCCACAAAGGUCUGUUACGAAUUUGGUAUCCACAAAAUGCCACGAAAUCCAUAAAUUAAAAAUACACUUGACUCUAACAAAAAAACAAACGAAUAAUUACAUAUCCUAAACGUAAUUCCCGCGUAAUAGUUGUAAUUGAAUGAACGUCACAACGAUUUGAUUAAUUAACAUGUCGGGUGCAAUCAGCGAGUAUGAGGUGUGACUAAUAUGCGACAGGUGUAGCGGAACGAUGAGGUUCACGGUAAUGAUAAGAUGUAAUUAACGUGUGUCAGGUGUAGUCAGGGCGGCACGAUGUACGUAAUGUGUGUGUGUGUGUGUGUGUGUGUGUGUGUGUGUGUGUGUGUGUGUGUGUGUGUGUGUGUGUGCGUGCGUGCUGGGUGAAGGAGUGUUGCAGGGCGAUAUACUCUAUUCUAGCUGAGAGAGAGAGAGAGAGAGAGAGAGAGAGAGAGAGAGAGAGAGAGAUAGCACCACAGCAGGUAGGCCAAUGGUCACAGCCUGUCUUGUCACAACAAUACAAUGCUGUACCGUCAACUUCCAACCAUCGCCUCCCGUGCUUGGGGUUGACACUGUUAUACGUACGUUCUUCCUUAGCUCAGACAGUGUUCUUGAGCUCUUCUUACCUUAUGGUCUUCCCGUACUUUGGAACUGUCUGCAUUGAACGGUCUUCUCUUGCUGAAGUCCGGUGCUCUGUGCUGUAAAUUUUCGCGUGAAUUGCCUCUGGUUUGAAGUCUUCCACAAUUUAAAUGACCUCAUUUUCUCGUCGCCUAAUUUCACAUUCCCUUGCUUGGAAACUGUCUACGUUUUGAAUUGUAAAGCUGUGAGUUAUUGUGAUGGUCUUGUGGAGUAUUACGGACACUGAACACCUCCUGAAGACAGCGGAUAUUAAUGAAGAAAAGAAAAUGUCAGUUAAAAAUACUUUGGAAUUAUUCAUAUACGAAACAACCAUAACAUAUAACUAACACAAAGACCAUCUGUUACUAAAUACUCCCUGAAGACAAAAGAACUGGAGUCAAAUAUUUCCAAAAGUCACGAUAAACAACCUUAAUCACCUUCACACCUGUACCCUGAAACUGUUCUUUAAACACUGUCCUUGCAUUGGUCUUCGUUACAGCGUCCCUUAAUUACCUUCACGUGAACCUGUACCCUGAAAUUGUACUUUAAAAACUGUCUUUGCAUUGGUCUUCGUUAUAGCGUCCCUUGGCUGAGUAACGCAAGCACUCGACACUCAUUAGACAGUUGGCUGAAAGCUGAGUUACCACAGGAAUCUAUCGAGCGUUGCGUCGCCAGCUUUUUGUGUUGCAGUGUAGCCAUCGAGGAGAGAGGACGGAGGGAGGCGCCAAGAGAGGGGAGAGAAGACCGGAGGAAAAGUGUAAG